CCUCUCUCUCGGUCCUGCGCAACGACACGCGCAUCUCCCUCCCCCCGAUACGAUUCCUCCCCAUUCUCUCCCCUGGCGAUCGCUCCAGCGCCCCUCCCAAAACCCUAACCGCCCGGCGCCUCGGCGGCGACUGCCGGAGGCGACGGCGUAGCGCCCUCAGGCAGAGGCGGACAGCGCGGCGGGUUGCCCCCCCUGCGGCUGCGGAGGCGGACGAGGCGGCGGAGGGCCUUGCCCCCCCCCACCCCCCCCCCCCGGCGAUGCGAAUUGCGGGAUGAAGCUCAAGCGGCGACGCGCGGUGGAAGUGCCUCCAAAUAUAAAAUCUUUCAUCGAAAGUGUUACCGCUGUUCCUCUUGAGAAUGUAGAACUGCCGCUGAAGGAUUUUGCAUGGGAAUUUGACAAGGGGGAUUUUCAUCACUGGGUGGACCUUUUUAAUCACUUUGAUUCUUUCUUUGAGAGUUAUAUUAAAUCAAGGAAAGAUUUGCAGCUCGAAGAUAAUUUUCUUGAUGUGGACCCCCCAUUUCCUAGGGAAGCAGUCCUUCAAAUUCUUCGAGUAUCAAGAAUAAUCUUGGAAAAUUGCACAAAUAGACACUUCUAUAGUUUCUUUGAGCAGCACCUGUCUGCUCUUCUAGCAUCUACAGAUGCAGAUAUUGUUGAAGCAAGCUUGCAGACAUUAAUGGCAUUUGUAAACAAAUCAGUCGGGAAAAGCUCAAUUCGCAGUACAUCUCUGACUUCAAAGUUAUUUGCCUUCUCUCAAGGUUGGGGUGGAAAAGAAGGUGGCCUUGGAUUAAUAGCGUGUUCUCUGCCCACUGUAUCCGAUCCAGUUUCCACUGAGGUUGGCUCCACUCUCCAUUUCGAGUUUUAUCGUGGUGCUGAUAAAUCAGAUAAAUCCCAGUCUCUAGAUAACGAGAACAGGUUGGAAGUAAUUCAUUUAUCGAAUGUCAAUACCAGCAAGGGGGCAGAUCUUGAAAUAUUCGACAAGUUGGUCAAGGAUUACAGUGUGCCUCAAUCUUUAAGGUUCCCUCUUCUUACAAGAUUGAGAUUUGCAAGGGCAUUUGACUCUUUGACAUGUCGACGCCAAUAUAUCUGUAUCCGUUUGUAUGCCUUUAUUGUUCUUGUGCAAGCAGGCCAUGAUACUGAAGGUUUAUCAUCAUUUUUGAACAAUGAACCAGAAUUCAUUGAUGAACUAUUAUCAUUGCUUAGCUAUGAGGAUGAUAUACCAGAAAAAAUUAGGAUAUUGGGAAUCCUUUCACUGGUUGCACUGUGCCAAGAUCGAUCUCACCAGCCUACUGUAUUGUCUUCGGUAACUUCUGGUGGACAUCGCGGUAUUCUUCCUAGUCUCAUGCAGAAGGCAGUUGAUUCUAUCAUCAGUGGUUCUAUGAAAUGGUCCAUAAUAUUUGCUGAAGCUCUUCUCUCUCUUGUUUCUAUGCUGGUAUCAUCAACCCCUGGUUCUCUAGCUCUUCAAGAAGCAGGCUUUAUACCCACCAUUUUGCCUCUUCUCAAGGACACAAACACACAACAUUUACACCUAGUUAGUACGGCAGUGCAUGUCAUUGAGAGCUUCCUGGAUUAUCACAAUCCCUCUUCAGCAUUGUUCAGAGAUCUAGGCGGACUAGACGACACUAUUGCACGGCUUAAGAUAGAAGUAUCACAGGUUGAGAUUGGUUUGAAAAAAGUUGAAGAGUCUCAGCCAAUCAAUAAAGGAAAAGAGGUUGAAGGCUGUCCACCAGUGCCAGAUAUGCAGUCUUCAUGUUCUGAAACCUUGGUUUUAUAUAAUAGGAAGAACUUAAUGAAAGUUUUACUACGUACAGUAUCUCUGGCAACAUAUGUGCCUGGUAGCUCUGCUCGUGUGGAUGGUUCUGAAGAGAAUGUGUUGCCCCCAUGUUUGUGUACAAUUUUUAGGAGAGGCAAGGACUUUGGUGGUGGUGUUUUCUCACUUGCUGCAAAUGUUAUGAGCGAUCUCAUACAUAGAGACCCAACAUGCUAUACUGUUCUUGAUGCAGCUGGUUUGCCACAAGCAUUUCUUGAUGCCAUAAUGGAUGGUGUACUUUACAACUCUGAUGCAGUCUCGUGUAUACCACAGUGUUUGGAUGCAUUAUGUUUGAACAAUAGUGGUCUUCAAUUAGUCAAGGACCGCAAUGCUUUAAGAUGCUUUGUGAAAAUCUUUACCUCCAGAUCAUAUUUGAAAGCGCUUAGUGGGGACACAACAGGGGCCUUAUCAAGUGGACUUGAUGAAUUAAUGCGCCAUGCAUCAUCAUUACGUUCUUCCGGAGUUGACAUGUUUAUUGAAAUCUUGAACACUGUUUCAAAAAUUGGGUGUGGUGGAGACUCUAAUUCCUGUACGGAAUGUGAUAAUUCCUGUGCAGCUGUUCCGAUGGACACUGAUGUGGAGGGAGGUACAACACAGAAUGAGAGUGUACCUUCUGAAGUGGGAUGCUCAGGCAAAAUGGUUGAGGCUCCUCUAGAUGCUAUGGCAUCAUCUUCCAUUGAGUUAUUUCUUCCUGAGUGCAUAUGCAAUGUUGCUCGUCUCCUUGAAACUGUUCUGCAGAAUACUGAUACUUGCAGGCUAUUCAUUGAGAAAAAAGGAAUCGAGGCUGUUCUUCAACUGUUGAAGUUGCCAGUAAUACCUGUAUCUGUUUCAAUUGGUCAGAAUAUAUCUGUCGCAUUUAAAAACUUCUCACCUCAACAUUCUGUUUCUCUGGCAAGAGCAGUGUGCUUAUUUCUUCGAGACCACCUUAAAUUGACAAAUGAACUGUUGUGUUCGAUUUCUGGAACUAAGCUAACCGAUAGUGAACCUGUGAAGCAAUCAGCUCUCCUGAAAACACUUUGUACUCUUGAAGGGCUUUUGUCUCUUGCCAAUUUUCUUCUGAAGGGAACUACUAUUAUGGUCUCAGAACUGGCUUUUGCAGAUGCUGAGGUAUUGAAGGAAUUGGGGAAGGUUUAUAUUGAAGUGACAUGGCAUAUCUCUUUACUCAGUGAUGCCAAGGUGGAUAAACAGGAGUCAGAUCAAGAUGAUGUACCUGGAGAUGCUUCAAUUUCUAAUGCAUCUGAAAGGGAUAGUGAUGAUGACUCAAGUGCAGUACCAGUUGCAAGAUAUAUGAAUUCUAUUUCCACGAGGGCUUCUUUAUCACCCUGGAGUAUGGAGCAAGAUUUUGUAUCAGCAGUCCGAUCUGCUGCAAACAUGCACCGGCAUGGUCGGCACUCGCUAUCAAGGAUACGUGGGCGCCUAAGUGGAGUAUUGGAUGCAACACAUACUGAUUUAGAUGGUCCUUAUUCUCCAGCAGAGAUCUCUAGGAGUCAUGAUGCUUCAAAGAAAAGCUCUGAAGUUAUUAUUUCUGAACUUCUGACAAAACUUGGCUACACCAUGCGUUCCUUCCUCUCUACCCUUGUCAAAGGAUUACCAGCUCGUCGUCGGGCUGACUCAAAUCUUAGCCCAGCUUCAAGAAGUCUUGUGACUGCACUAGCACAACUUUUCCUUAGUGCUCUUGGUUACUCUGGACAUUCUACCGCUGGCUUUGAGAUGUCGUUAUCUGUUAAAUGCCGUUACCUUGGGAAGGUUGUGGAAGACAUGGCUGUGCUUAUGUUUGACAGCAGGCGUCGCUCAUGCAAUUCUGCACUUGUUAAUAGUUUUUAUGUGAAUGGGACAUUCAAGGAAGUUCUAACUACCUUUGAAGCCACCAGUCAGUUACUAUGGACACUUCCUUUCUCAGUCCCUGCUGCUGGCACAGAUCAAGGUUCCUCUAUUGGUGAGAAGGCAUCUCACAAUUCCUGGCUUCUGGAUACGUUACAGAGUUAUUGUAAAUUGCUGGAAUAUUAUGUGAACUCUACUUUCUUAUUGUCUCCAUCCUCUUCUCAUAAUCAGCUUCUUGUCCAGCCUAUUGUCACUGAGCUGUCAAUUAAUCUAUUCCCUGUGCCUUCAGAGCCAGAAUCAUUUGUUCGUAUGCUGCAAUCUCAAGUUCUGGAUGCAGUUCUUCCUGUUUGGAAUCACACAAUGUUUCCUGAAUGCAGCCCGGCUCUUGUUACCUCACUGGUCUCAAUUAUGAACAAUAUAUGCUCUGCUGUUGGAGAUCUGAAGCAAGGCCGCAAUAGUGUUGGAGUGGCCAACCAGCGUGUUACUAGCCCCCCUCUUGAUGAGUCAGCUAUUGCUACAAUUGUUGAAAUGGGAUUUUCAAGAGCUAGGGCAGAAGAAGCUCUGAGAAGCGUCAGAACUAACAGUGUGGAGAUGGCCACUGAUUGGUUGUUCAGCCAUCCAGAAGAAUUUGUUCAAGAAGAUGUGCAGCUUGCACAGGCACUAGCUUUGUCACUUGGAACCUCCAUUGAAACACCCAAGGAGGAUGGAAGCAAUAAGAAUGAUACAGCUACUGCUGAAGAAAAAAGUGUAUUUGUGCUCCCUUUGGAUGACAUUCUCACUGUAUCAACAAAGCUUUUCUGCUCUAGUGAUUCCGCCAUGACUUUCCCACUGACUGACCUUCUAGUGACACUAUGCAACCGGAAUAAGGGAGAAUACCGACAACGGGUAGUACUCUAUCUUUUUGAGCAACUAAGACGUUUUUCGUCUGAUGCCAUGGUUGGUACAGGUGCUUUGUAUUCUGUUGGCCAUUUGUUAGCUUUGCUUCUGAGUGAAGACAGUGUCAUACGUGAGAUUGGUGCUGAAAAUGGUGUCGUCACUCAUGUUCUUAACAUGUUAGAAAAUCUUAAAUCAAGGACAGACCAGACAGAUCAGACUUGGAAUUCUAUCAGUGCACUGUUGCUUGUAUUGGAUAACAUGCUACAAUUUAAUCCAAAGCUUAAUACAGAAACAGCUGAUGGUGCAUCCAAGUCAAUUUCUGAUGCAUCCAGUGCUGACAGCAAGGCAAAUCCAGCGCCACCUGAUGGAAAGAAAACUGAAACUAUGGAUUCAGCAGACAAUACAAGUGCUACUAAUGUGUUCGAAAAUAUUUUGGGGAAACCUACUGGCUAUUUGACUGAUGAGGAGAGCCAAAAGGCACUGGUUUUCUGCUGUGAGUUCAUCAAGAAACGUGUGCCAGCAACAGUUAUGCAAGCUGUUCUUCAGCUCAGUGCCCGCUUGACAAAGACACAUUCUCUUGCCGCUCAGUUCUUUGAAAAUGGUGGCCUAUCAUCUCUGUUAAAUCUCCCAAGCGCUUGCAUCUUUCCUGGAUUUGAGACCUUAGCAUCUGCCAUUGUGCGCCACCUCAUUGAGGAUCCUCAGACCUUGCAGAGUGCCAUGGAAUUGGAAAUACGCCAGUCAUUAAUUAACCGUGGCAGUCGUACUCCACGCUCAUUUCUGACAAAUAUGGCGCCGCUGAUAUCUAGGGAUCCUGUGAUCUUCAUGAGGGCUGUAACUUCAGUCUGCCAAUUAGAUUCUUCUGGAGGGAGAACGAAUGUAGUCCUGUUGAAGGAUAAGGAAAAAGACAGGGAGAAACAGAAAGUUCCUUCGACAGAAAGUAAUGAGCCUGUUCAGAUGGCAGCUGAUAUUAAGUCAGUUGAUACACCAAACAGAUGUUCACGGAGCCAAAAAAAGGUUCCUGCUAGUCUUUCUCAAGUGAUCGAUCAGCUUCUUGAGAUCAUUAUGAGCUAUCCAUCUGCAAGCAAAGAACAGGGGUUUGAUGGUUACUUCCUGUUGACUCCAAUGGAUGUUGAUGAGCCAAACACUAAGGGAAAAUCUAAAGUUGAUGAUGGCCAAGAGCUUGAGGGGGAUGCCCUCUCUGAGAGAUCUGCAUUGCUGUCAAAGUUGGCAUUUGUCCUUAAGUUGAUGAGUGAGAUACUCCUCAUGUAUGUGCAUGCAGUAGGGAUAAUUCUGAAACGGGAUACAGAGCUAUCACAGUCACGAAGUUGUGAUCAAGGUGCAGGACACAGUGGUUUACUGCAUCAUAUAUUCUAUCUGCUACUUCCACUCUCUUCGGUCAAAACUGCUGAUGUCUCAGAUGAUUGGACAGGAGAGUUGUCUGAGAGAGCUUCCUGUUUCUUGGUAGCUUUGUGCUGCAGGUCUGCUGAAGGUCGUAGAAGGGUUAUUUCUGAAAUUGUGAAGGCAUUUAACUAUUUUAUUGAUUCAGCAAGCAGUACCUCCAGAGGAUCUUUGAUACCUGACAGAAAAGUUUUGGCUUUCUCUGAGCUGGUAAAUUCAAUAUUGUCGCGGAAUAGUCAGAGCAACUUACCUGUUCUUGGUUGCUCGCCUGAUAUUGCAAAACCUAUGGUAGAUGGUAGAAUGGUACAAUCUCUUUCUGGUUUGCUGAAAGUAAUUGAUCUGGACCAUCCAGAUGCUGCAAAGGUUGUCAACUUGAUAUUGAAGGCUUUGGAUAGCCUCACCAGGACUGCUUAUGCUAGUGAUCAAGUUCUCAAGUCAGAUCGAUAUACCAAGAACAGAUUACCAGGGUCACAUGAACAAACACAUGAAGCUGAUGACAAUAUAAUUCAUGAGCAAAGCACAGAUAUCAGACAUCAUCAUACUGACAGCAUCAUUCAAUCUACAGGUCAACAAGUGCAAGAACUGUCUCAUGUUGAUGGGGACAAUAACGAGAACCAUGGCCAACCUGCUGAGCAAGAAAUGGGAGUCGAUGCAGUGGACAACAAUUCUAGUGGUAAUCCUUCAAUGAAUGGUGUGGAGUUCAUGCGGGAAGAAACAAUUCAAGGUAACGUUAUGGCUCCUAGUACUGAUGUUGGUUUGGCUUUCCCAGUGCAACAUCAAGGUGAUGAUGAAAUGGCUGAUGAAGAUGAGGAUAUUGGGGAGGAAGGUGAGGAUGAAGAUGAGGAUGAGGAUGAUGAGGAAAUAGCAGAUGAGGGAGCCGGUUUGAUGUCCAUAGCUGACACAGAUAUCGAGGACCAGGAGAACAAUGCUAUUGGUGACGAAUACAAUGAUGACCUGAUGGAUGAAGAGGAUGAUGAUGACUUUCUUGAGAACCGUGUUAUAGAAGUGAGAUGGAGGGAGAGCUUGACUGGAAUGGAUCAUCAUCUGAGAUUUUCCAGGGGUCGUGCAGACUCAAGUGGUUUUAUAGAUAUAUCUUCCGAGUCAUUUCAUGGUGUGGGGAUGGAUGAUUCAUUUAAUCUGCAUCGUUCGUUCAGUCUUGAGCGCCGCCGCCAAAGUGGAAGUAGGUCACUUCUUGAUCGACCAAGGUCUGAUGGAAAUGCUUUUCUUCAUCCACUGCUUGUUAGGCCAGCUCAGUCUAGGGAGGGAACUGGUUCGGCAUGGCCCUCUGGAGGAACCUCAUCGAGAGAUUUUCACACACUAUCUUUUGGUAAUUCAGACAUCCCCUUGUACAUGUUAGAUGCUGGGUUUCCACCAGAAACUGCUCCCCCAGUGUUUGGUGAGCGUGUUGUAAGUACUGCUCCACCACCAUUGAUAGAUUUCUCACUUGGUAUGGAUUCCCUCCGAAUUAGGCGGGGCCCUGGAGAUAAUCCAUGGACUGAUGAUGGUCAACCACAGGCAGGUAAUCAUGCAGCUGCUAUUGCUCAGGCAGUGGAGGAUCAAUUUGUGUCACAGUUAUCUGUGGCUAGUAAUUCAAAUAAUGCCCAGUUGCAGCCUGAACAGACUGGCAAUGAUGUGAAUGCACAUUUACCAUCACCAGAUACAGGAAAUGCUGAACCUGUAGCAACCAAUUCUCCUGCUCAACCUGUUGGUAGUCCUCAGCAAGUUCAUACUGUUAACCAAGAACCUGCUCCUGCAAAUGAUCGAUUCUGUCCUACGAAUGUGCAGGUAAAUCAACAGGGUUUUGUUCACGAUAAUUGCAUUGAGGAAGCGGUACAGCAAACAGCAGCUGAUGAUCCUAUACCUCAGAAUGAUGAAAUAAUGUCUGUUGCUGAUACACAGCUUGGUGGUUGUCCUGAAAGAGAUUCCUUAUCUGGUAAUCAAAGUCAUGAUCAUAUUAUGCACAAUGAGAUUGAAGCACCUCAACAACUUCAGUUGAGUAGUGAUCCUAGGGAAGCCCCAUCUGAUCUGGAGUCAAGCUGCCAUGCACUUGUCACUUCUGCAAGUACUGCUCCUGAGCUGAGUGAUGCUCAUGUAGAUUCUGCCGCAGUGAAUGCGGAAGCUGACAUGAACAGUGUUGAUAUUGCUGAAAAUGAAGUUGGGAACUCAGCUCCUGGUUCUGAUGGCAACGAUAUGUCUUCUAGGAGACAUGAAGAAGCUCAUCAAGAGCCUCAGACAGAGCAACUAGAUGCUAACAAUGAGGUCUCUAGUGCUAAUGAAAUUGAUCCCACAUUUCUUGAAGCAUUGCCUGAGGAUCUUCGUGCAGAGGUCCUUGCUUCUCAGCAGAACCGUUCUGCCCCAGCUGCUUCAUAUACUCCACCAGCUGCAGAAGAAAUAGAUCCUGAGUUUUUGGCUGCUCUCCCACCAGACAUUCAAGCUGAGGUUCUAGCCCAGCAGCGAGCACAGAGGAUUGCUCACUCUCAACCAGUUGGUCAGCCGGUAGAUAUGGAUAAUGCUUCAAUUAUAGCAACUUUCCCUCCUGAUCUACGUGAAGAGGUGCUUUUGACCUCAUCAGAAGCAGUUCUGUCUGCCCUUCCUUCAGCUUUACUUGCUGAAGCUCAAAUGCUACGGGACAGAGAAUUGAGUCGAUAUCGUGCUAGAGGAAGCCUAUUUGGUGGAAGCUACAGACUUGGAGGAAGGAGGCUGCCAGAAGAUAAUCAGACAGUUAUAGACAGGGCUGUUGGUGUUACUAUGGGUAGGAGGGUUAUUUCUGCUUCACAAGGCAGUUCAAAGGGUAAAGAUGUGGAAGGGACCCCACUUUUGGACUCAGAUGCCCUGCGUGCACUUAUUCGUCUUCUGCAGUUGGCUCAGCCACUCAGCAAAGGCCUUCUUCAAAGGCUUAUGUUCAAUCUGUGUGCACACAGUGUCACACGUGUUACCUUGGUUGGCCAUCUGCUCGACAUGAUUAAACCUGAAUCUGAGGGGGUUAGCGUAUCUGAUUGCAUGGCUACAUACAGAUUACAUGGAUGUCAGUGGAACAUUGUUUACGCACAACCUUACUCUGCAAAUGGUUUGCCUCCACUUGUGACACGGCGACUUCUUGAAAUCCUGACAUAUCUUGCUUCUAACCAUCCAUCUGUUGCGGAUCUUUUGGUCCAUUUCAAUCCUUCAGUUAGUUCAAACCAUUUGAUAUUACAGGACAGUAAAGAGGUAUCUCAAGAAAGUCCAUUGUUGAAGAUGAAGCAAUCAUCUUCAGAGGGUUAUACACCUAUUCUAUUGUUUCUUAAGCUCCUAAACAAACCCUUAUUUCUGCGCAGUCGAGUAUACCUUGAGCAGGUGAUGUGUUUGCUUGAAGUUGUGGUUAACAAUGCUGCGUCCCAAAUUGAUUAUCCACCUCGCUCUGCACAAAUUGCUAACAGUUCAGGUGUUGAAUUGGCUGAUGGGGCACCGCCUCAAACACAGGUGGAACCAUCUACUCUAGAACAAGGUCAUAUCCAGGAUAAUGACCAAAGCAAAGAUGUUGAGGUCCCAGUGUCAUGUGCUCGGCAGGAUGUUAAUGUGCAUGCCAUUCUUACUCAGCUUCCUGAUGCUGACUUACAUAAUCUGUGCAAUAUUCUGGCACUUGAGGGUCUUCCAGAUAAAGUGUACUCGCUUGCUGCGGAGGUGGUGAAAAAAUUGGCUAGUGUUGCCGCAUCGCAUCAGAAAUUCUUUUCCAUCGAGUUAGCUGGUGUUGCUCAGAGUUUAAGUUCUUCUGCAGUAGAGGAGCUUGUAACACUGAAAAACACUCAAAUGCUUGGGCUCAGUACUUGUUCUAUGGCCGGAGCUGCUAUCUUGCGGGUACUGCAAGUCCUAUCUAUGUUGACAUCAGAUGUGAUUGAUAGUGGACAUGAACAAGAUAUGGCACAGGAAGAGCAGUCCAUUUUGUGGGAUUUGAAUGUUGGUCUUGAACCUUUGUGGCAAGAAUUAAGUGAUUGUAUAAGUGCCACAGAGGCAAAACUUGUACACAAUUCAACAUUUGCUUCCCCUGCUCCAUUGGUUGAUGCUUUGGAAGUUGGUGCUUCGUCCUCUAUUUCUCCACCACUUCCUCCAGGCACUCAACGCUUGCUGCCAUUCAUAGAAUCGUUUUUUGUUCUCUGUGAGAAGCUUCAAGCAAAUCAACCAGUUACACAAUCAGAUUACAAUGUUACUGCUCAUGAAGUGAAAGAAUUAGCUGGAAGUUCAUCGUCGCCUUCAUUGAAGGCUGGUGGAAUCUGCAAUGUAACUUUUAUAAGGGUUGCAGAAAAACAUCGACGGCUACUCAAUGUUUUCAUUCGACAAAACCCAAGCUUACUAGAGAAGUCACUUUCUAUGAUGUUGAAAGUACCAAGGCUGAUAGAUUUUGACAACAAGCGUGCUUACUUCCGGUCACGCAUCAGACAGCAACAUGAUCAGCAUCUUUCAGCUCCUCUACGCAUUAGUGUUCGCAGGGCUUAUGUUUUGGAGGAUUCAUAUAAUCAGUUGAGAUUACGUCGUACCCAGGACCUCAAAGGUCGCCUGACUGUGCAGUUUCAAGGAGAAGAGGGUAUAGAUGCUGGAGGACUUACUAGGGAGUGGUACCAAUUGCUCUCACGAGUUAUUUUUGACAAAGGAGCUCUUCUCUUCACCACAGUCGGAAACAAUGCGACUUUCCAGCCUAAUCCAAACUCUGUUUAUCAAACAGAGCACCUUUCUUAUUUCAAGUUUGUUGGUCGAGUGGUUGCUAAAGCAUUAUUUGAUGGCCAGUUGUUGGAUGUCCACUUUACCCGUUCAUUUUACAAACACAUCCUGGGUGCUAAAGUAACAUAUCAUGAUAUAGAGGCUAUCGAUCCUGAUUACUACAAAAAUUUGAAGUGGAUGCUGGAGAAUGAUGUAAGUGACCUUCCUGAUUUAACAUUCAGCAUGGAUCCUGACGAGGAAAAACAUAUUCUCUAUGAGAAGACUGAGGUUACUGAUUAUGAGUUAAAACCUGGCGGAAGAAAUAUCAGGGUCACUGAGGAAACAAAGCAAGAAUAUGUUGACCUUGUAGCUGAACAUAUACUGACCACAGCAAUUCGUCCUCAAAUUAAUGCUUUCCUUGAGGGCUUCACAGAGUUAGUUCCAAGGGACCUAAUAGCCCUAUUUAAUGAUAAAGAACUUGAACUACUGAUCAGUGGUCUUCCUGAAAUUGACUUGGAUGAUCUGAAGGCUAACGCGGAAUAUAUCGGAUAUUCUGCUGCAUCUCCUGUCAUCCAGUGGUUCUGGGAAGUUGUUAAAGCAUUCAGCAAGGAGGACAUGGCCAGACUACUGCAGUUUGUUACUGGAACAUCAAAGGUACCGUUGGAAGGUUUCAAAGCACUACAAGGUAUUUCUGGUCCCCAGAGAUUUCAGAUUCACAAGGCUUACGGAGCUCCAGACCGGCUUCCAUCUGCUCAUACAUGCUUUAACCAGUUGGACUUACCGGAAUACACCUCAAAGGAGCAACUAGAAGAGCGCCUGCUUCUUGCCAUUCAUGAAGCUAGUGAAGGUUUUGGCUUUGGCUGAUCUGUUCCUCCAUGGAGUGCUAAAGAGUGCACUGGGUCAUUGUUUUUCUGCUUGCCAUGUACAGAUUUUGAAGGCAAUUGAGAUGGUCACAGAUGCUAUACAUAACAUAGAUCGAGCCAAGGAGUGUUUUGGGAAUAUGCUCAGGGUGAAGUUGGGAUCCAAAAUUUUCUUGGAACAGUCAAUCAGGAUGUCGGGCGGGUACAGUAGGAGUAGAGCUCUGCGACAACAAGAAUGCUGAUGUAACUAGCUUCCAUUUGCCUUCAGUUAAAAGAGUCCAAUGUAAAGUCGUUUAAUGCUUCUUUAUACCAAUCGUUCUGGUGAUUUUUGUACUGCUUCCUCCGAUUCUGGGAGCCAGGGCAGGUUCUGCAAAUAAAUAAGCCAUCUGGUAAUGCCAUGACUCCAUGUUUAUUUAAUCAGCUUUUUACGUGCGUAUUCUCUA